UACAUUAAAAUACAUGGCUCUACGAUAAACAAAUAAAAAAACCAAAAUGUCCACCAUAGAGUGGAACUUUUCAAAUACUUUUCCUUUGCCUUAUCGUGUGCUCAUUAUUUCCGUAAUAGGCCUUUGGGCAUGGGGUUCUAAUUUGCAAAUACUUUCUUGGCUUUCUAUAGACGUUCCACAUCUUUUAGAUAAAAAUAAUAAUACUCCUUCUUCUCAUAAAGCCAUUUAUAAUUUAGCAUUCAUAUUUACGUCUUGGAUUGGGUUAAAUUUAGUUAUCUUUUGGCAAGUAACUGGUGGUGUUGAAACAGAAAUAAUAGAAUGGACUUCAAUUCCUUUAGUUUGUUAUGUUAUCGUUUUUGCCAUCAUAAUAUGCCCCUUCAAUUGUUGUAGGAAAAAAGAAAGAAUGAGAUUUUUGCGGUGUAUUCGAAGAAUUGUGUUUUCUUUUAGUAGCGAUAUACCUCUUGCAGACGUAAUAAUGGCAGAUAUUUUAACUAGUUUUGCCAAAGUUUUUGGCGAUUUAUAUGCCACAGGACGUAUUUUAUUACAUUGUGAUGAAGUUUACGUAGGAAAUAGAGGUUGGAAUUAUAUAAUAGCUCCUUUGUUUACUAGCAUUCCAUACGUUAUUAGGUUUAAGCAGUGUAUGACAGAAUAUAUCGGAUCUAAUCGUAACGACAAACGUCAUUUAUUUAAUGCUUUUAAAUACGCUUCAGCAUUUCCCGUCAUAUUAUUUUCAGUAUUACAAAAAUGGUAUAAAUAUGAAGCUCUUACAGCUCAAUCAAUUGUAUGGAUUUCUCAUUCCACUUUAUUUAGAUUAUGGAUAAUAUCAGUAGCUUUUAAUUCUAUGUAUUCUUUUUACUGGGAUGUUGUAAUGGAUUGGAAACUAGAUUUCUUUUCACCAGCAUAUCCAGGCACUUUAAUACCUGGUUUACAACUUCGAUCGAAUUUGCACUUCAAUGAAAGUUUUAUAUAUUAUGUAGCAAUAUUUAUAGAUUUUUUACUUAGAUUUACGUGGUCUUUGAAACUAUCAUCUCAUUUACAUAUUAUACAUCAAUUGGAAGGUGGUGUUUUUUUAAUGGAACUCUUAGAGGUUAUGCGACGUUGGUUAUGGAUUUUUUUUAGAUUGGAAAGUGCUCAUGUAGAAAAAUUCGAUAAAAAAGGCGGUGCUUACAGUAUAGUAGAACUUAGAGAUCAUAAUUCAUCUGAAAUAGAGUUAAAAGAAUGAACUUUUUCUUUAUAAGGAUCUUUAACCGGACAAUACGAAAUUAGAGUAAGAAACGAAUCAAAAGUUAUUUAAAAGUAUUUUAAUGUAGAAUCAUUAAUAUUAUAUAAGUUAUUUAUAAUACGGAAAUUAAAUACGUAAAACUAUCACAAUAACUGCAUAAUCCUUCGAAAGUCACAAAUAUAUUUAGAAACAAUAAAAUCCCAAAGAAAUCAACUAUUAUUAAAUAUUUCAUUUUUUAUUUUAUUUUUUUUAUUUUAUUUUUUUUUUAAAAAAAAAAGAAAUAUUAUUGCACGAGUACAAUAAAUAUAUAAA